GUGGAUUGUAGAGCUGGUAUCUACUCUCUAUUCUGUCGGACUGUUCAUACAUAUUUUUUUAUUUUAUAUAUAAAUGCGUGAUCAAGAGAUAUCGGAUUAUUAAAGCCUGGUGCUUUGACAGAUUUUACAACAUGCAGUUAUUCUGAAGCAGGCAUUCAGACUUUUAAAGUUGAGCUCUCCGUUCAGUUACACAAAGAUUUUUGCGUUGAAAAUUUGAUUUUGCUCAGUUUGGUGAGAGAUUAAAUCGAUCACCAGUGAAUUUAGACCAUGUACAAUACAGUGUGGACUACGGAGAAAGAAGAUGACGACUGGAAGGACGUGAUGAUGCCCUAUUCCACUGAAUUAAUCUUUUACAUUGAGAUGGACCAGCCGCCAGCGCUUCCUCCCAAACCAGCAAAACCCAUGACACCAGUAAACGGUAACAGUGUGAAAGAAGCCACCAGCUGCUCAUUGCAUGAAGCAGAAUGGUACUGGGGAGACAUAUCAAGGGAAGAGGUGAAUGACAAACUAAGGGAUAUGCCUGAUGGUACUUUCUUGGUACGGGAUGCCUCAACUAAGAUGCAGGGAGAUUACACACUAACGCUAAGGAAAGGCGGAAACAAUAAGCUAAUAAAGAUCUACCACCGAGAUGGGAAGUAUGGUUUCUCAGACCCACUCACAUUCAGCUCUGUGGUGGAGCUCAUCAGUCACUACAGGCAUGAGUCUCUGGCCCAGUACAACACCAAAUUGGACGUUAAGCUCAUGUACCCCGUCUCCCGCUACCAGCAGGAUCAGCUGGUGAAAGAGGACAACAUUGAUGCAGUGGGGAGGAAACUCCAGGAAUAUCACAAUCAAUAUCAGGAUAAGAGUAAAGAAUAUGACAGACUCUAUGAGGAGCACACGAAAACCUCACAGGAGAUUCAAAUGAAACGUACUGCAAUAGAGGCCUUCAAUGAGACCAUAAAAAUUUUCGAAGAGCAGUGUCACACGCAGGAACGCUACAGUAAAGAGUACAUCGAGCGAUUCUGCAGAGAGGGCAAUGACAAAGAGAUUGAGAGGAUUAUGAUGAACUACGAGAAGCUCAAAUCCCGUUUGGGUGAGAUUCACGACAGUAAGACCCGCCUUGAACAAGACUUGAAAACGCAGGCUCUGGACAACAGGGAGACAGACAAGAAGAUGAACAGCUUAAAACCAGACCUUAUCCAGCUUCGAAAGAUCCGAGAUCAGUAUCUUGUUUGGCUCAAUCAUAAAGGUGUUCGACAGAAACGCAUAAAUGAUUGGCUGGGGAUAAAAAAUGAGAACCCGGAUGAUGCCUACUUUGUCAGUGAGGAGGAUGAGAAUCUGCCACACUAUGAUGAGAAGAGCUGGUUCGUGGGGGACCUAAACCGAACGCAGGCGGAGGACUUGCUCCACGGCAAACCUGAUGGAGCUUUCCUCAUUAGAGAGAGCAGCAAGAAGGGUUGUUACGCCUGCUCUGUUGUCGUGGAUGGCGAGGUGAAGCACUGCGUCAUCUACAGCACGCCUCGUGGCUACGGUUUCGCUGAGCCCUACAACUUGUACAGCACUCUGAAAGACCUGGUCCUGCACUACCACCAGACCUCACUGGUCCAGCACAAUGACUCGCUCAACGUGCGGCUGGCGUACCCAGUGUAUGCACAGAUGCCCUCAGGCCCCCGCAGAUGAAGACUGCCAACCCACCCGCCCCCCCCCACCCCCCAAAUUAAACUGUCUACACUCUGGGAAGGGGGGGAAGGCUUUCUGAACAAUCUGAAGAAAAAAAAAAGCAUACCAACAAAAAAACACUUGCUGCAACACACACGUCAGCCACCUUGGAGUUAUAUAUUUUUACAAGAACAAUUUGGAGGGCAUUCUUUCUAAAGACAGCUUGAUUUGCACAAGGAAGUUUUAAAUGUUUGUGAAUGUGAAAAAAGCAGAAGGAAGCAGAAGAGGCGCGUUUCAGGUGACCCGCGCUGCUACCUAAACUCCAGCUGGGACUUUUUACAUGCUUCAUUUUAGCUUUUAGCUUAAGCUUCUUCUUUUUUUUUAUCUUCCUGUCGCUUUUCUCACAUCUUUCCAUUUUUCAUUCAAAUAUUUGUUUGUUUUUUCUUUGAAUUGUCUUUGCAUUGUUCCUAACUAAAUG